GAAGAAGAAGAAGAAGAAGAAGAGGAAGAAGCAGUAGCAGCAGUAGAAGUAGGACAAUACGCCUUCCAAUACCAUAGAUAUAUGGCUAUAUAUAUUUAGAUUUAUAAUAUAAACAUAUAUACAUAUACAUGUAUAUAUAACAACAGGAGGCAGCGGCUAGCAGCAGCUGAUGCUAACGUCAGCUGUUCGGUGGGAAUCAAUCAGUCAGCUGUUAAUUAAUCUGAAAUUACACCAGCUAACUGCUAACAGCUAACGAGAGGAAACACUAACGCAUCCCCCGGCUGGUGUCUCUGAUAUGAGCAGCUCUGCUCAGAGGAAGAGGAGGACCACAGGAAGUCCUCUGGUUUCCAGACCCAGCACCAAGACCAGCAGAGCGGCUUAUGCUAGCAGAGCCGCUAACACCAGGAGGACGGCUAACACUACCAGGGUGGCUAGCGCUACCAGGGUGGCUAACAGGACGGCUAACCUCAGCAGAGCGUCUGAUGUGGACCCUGCUCCCACCACAGAGACCAUCGAUGUGAUGGACAACACAGAGGACAGUGUGGAGGAGGUGGUGGAUCUGACCUGUGAGGGAUCAGAAGCUGCUGCUGUUGUUGACCUGACCAACAACGACUCAGUGCUGCUGGUGGAUGAAGGUCCUCAGAACAGGAGAGCCGCCACAGGUGAGAGUUACGUCGUCAGCAGUGAUGAAGAUGAAGUAACGCCCCCUACUCUUAACGCCGCCAUGUUGUCUUCUAUACAGGCCAACAGUGCCGCCAGGUGGACUCCGGGGACGAUCAGCUGUCCCGUCUGUAUGGACUCGUACUCUGAGAUAGUCGAGAGCGGCCGAUUGGUGGUUUCCACUAAAUGUGGUCAUGUGUUCUGCAGCCAGUGUCUGAGAGACGCUCUGACAUCAUCACACACCUGUCCUACCUGCAGAAAGAGACUGACCUCCCGCCAGUACCACCCCCUCUACAUCUGACAUCACUCUGACAUCAUCACACACCUGUCCUACCUGCAGUACCACCCCCUCUACAUCUGACAUCACUCUGACAUCAUCACACACCUGUCCUACCUGCAGUACCACCCCCUCUACAUCUGACAUCACUCUGACAUCAUCACACACCUGAGCUGCUGUUAUUUAUUUUUUUUAUUGGUGCGGUUGUUAAAACAGACAUGAGGACAGUUUACAGUCGCUGGUCAGAUGAGAUGAAAGAUGUUUGUAACGAGGACGACUAACGAGAAAGAGACACGUAGGGAGAAUAAUAACGAAUAAUAAUGAUGAAAAUGGAGGAUGUGGGGAUGAACACUGUGCGAGCGUACCUGGGGGGCGGGGGGACCAGAGGGCAGCGGAGGUAAAACCAUUAAUGGACCCACAGAGGGGACUGGUCCACUGCUGAACUUCCCAAACAGGAAGUUUUUUGCUGCUGUAUUAAAGUGACAUCAGAUCAGAAUGUUGAACGUUUAGUUUAUUUGCCAAUGAGUGGAGAUUGAUUGAUUGAUUAUAUAUUUGAUAUGUUUAUUAGUGUUCCUCUCUGAUCUGUUUACAUGUAAAUGUGUUAAAAUAAAAAAUAAAUUCUAUUGA